AUGUUUCGGGGAAAAAAGCGGACCAGGGAGGAGGAUAGGCAACCCACCGGUAAGAUUCCCAUUUUUUUUUCGGUUAACUGAAGCCUAGCAUCUAGGCCAUUAUGAGGUAGUAAUAAGUGUUCUAAAGUCUGUUUUUUUCUAGGAAAUCCUCAGGGACUCUAAUGUGAAAUUAUUCGUGGGUUAGAUCGAAGUUCCGGUUGGUAGGACUGGUGAAGAGGCUUAAAUGGCAAAGUUGUAGAUUGACCAGUUCGUGAAAUUGUGGGGUCUUAGGCUACUGGAUCACCGUCUACGUCUUUCCCGAAAGCCCGUUCCAGUGAGAAGUUAGACAUCGAAUAAAUAAUUGUGAGCCAUCCUCCUGUGAUCGGGUCAAUUUGAGUCUUCUAGUUAACACCUACACAAUUAAUUGACCUGAAAUACAGAGGAACUGCUAAAAUGUCUGACCGGCUUCCACGGCGCGCGAGUAUUCUGUCCUUUGUAUUUUCUGGCGGUAGUCGGCCAAAGCUAACCGCGCUUCCUGACCUCCGUGUUGGGCUGAGUGGGGGGGGUGUGCAAUAUGACGGUAGAUUAAGACCUUGUAUCGGUGCUGAGUAAGAAGUAGGCUUUCAAACCCCGCUUGCCUAAGUGGCAAAGCCCUUUUAUGUCUGAUCCGCGCAUUUUACAUGCGUUCAAGGCAGAUAGUUCGUUCUUACCUGAAAACUAGGCAAAUAGCAGACGAGAAGGCAGUCUUCUUGUGUCAGUUUCCUUGGUAGCGUCUGUUAUUUCGUUCGAGAAAGUGGCAUUUUUCAAAUUUCGGACAGUGCAACCUUUCAAGACAGUGAAUGUGAUGCUAUGUGGCUUUCAGCUGUUUAGAACUAGUUGUUCACAGCCGAUGACUAAGCGCAUCUUAAAACACUAACGGGAGGAUGGUUAGAGGCAGAAAGUAUGAGAAAAGCACAGUUUCAAACAACAGUCCUUAUUGGAGGAACGAAACAGGUCCAAGUGAACGAGCAGAAACCUUUGUGGAGGGUGAAUACUCCUAGGUAGAGCUUCUGGAAAUACAUCUUCCUUCGCACUUAUUUAUGCUGGUUUUUCCGUUCUUGUGUGAAGGAGAUACUUACUACUGAAGUAAUCUUCAUGCCAUUAUGGUACAACGCUAAUUUGUUUCGAACAUUAUUGUUUAUCUAAAGCAUCAUUUAGAAAGUCUUCUUUGUAGUAAUGAAGCCUCCGGACAACCCCCAAAUGCUGUUUUUCUGGCAUGUUUUCUGUUUUUACUCUUGCAUCUCUGAGGUGAUUUCUCGAAAAACGCAAAUAAUAUUUAGUUUACACUGUGACACCAGUUAUGGAGUAGACCUCGAUAACAAACCUGCGUUUCCUCUGCCAAGGUUAAGAGGAUUCUUUAAAGGAUUUGCGUACAUGCUUUGUGAUAGUGUUUAGCGCCAUACCACGAACAUUCGAUCCAGACACAAAACGGAUAUCCUGAUUAGAUUAAGAGACUCAGAUCAUGAAGAAAGUGAACCAUUGCCGCUCCCUAUUACAAGCUGAUGUUUUGGCAACGGUAGGGGGUAAGACCCCAGCCAACUUGAGCUAGCUUGUAGACCGUGUCAUACGUUGAAUGGCGGUAGAGGGGGUUUUACGAGUGGGGCAACACAUAGGACGGGAAGCAAGGAGACACAGAAAACAGAUACCUAUCGAAAGUCUUAUUGUACACUGCCAUUUGGCAAAGAAAGUGCGCACGACAAUUUAAAAAUAAACAAAAAAAAUAAUUGUCAAAAAUAGCCGACUUCGAAUAAACCGCCCCUGUUAAGUUUACAUUUAGUCAGGAAGGCAAGGCAAUUUCAGCCAAUGGGGACAGUGAAUAAUAAGUGUUGUUCGCAGAGGAAUAAAUCGAAGGAAGGGGACUGGUACACAUGGGCUGCACCGGUAACAAUUUCAAGGUCACCUACAGUGCGCGAAUGAGCACUUUCCACGAGCGUGUGAACUCACCAGCGCAGCGUAGUCGAUGCAACAAAAAACAACAUGAGGAAGCAGUAAACGGUCUGCUACUGGGUUGCAGCUCAUUUAACGUUCUGAUGUUGAAACCACACCGCGGGAGAAAAUUUUCUGAGGCCUUCCGGGCGGAAGUCAGAAUGAAUUGCAUCCCCCCUGCAUCCGGGAAGCGAUCACAUGAUACUGGGAGGCGAAUGUGGGGCGGAGCUCGCAGCAUGUCACGAUGGCGUCCUUUAAUUCACACACACACACAUAGUUUCCUCCAACCAGCUUCUGCUUAAAGUCCUUUUAAGUGGAGGAGGCUGCAGACAGAAAAUAGAGAAAACUCUGCGGCGCGGACUUGCACGAGUCCAGGGAACAGAAGCAGUCAAAAAACCGUAGGUCUUUUCACUUAUUACUAUUUCUAUGAUUGCUUUCGGGUCGAAUGUGGAGAUUAAAAAAGGUUGCUAGUACUUUGAAGGGGGGGGGGGGCGAGGGGGCGCCCUCAGUUGAGGUUGCAACUAGUUCGCAAAUGCAUCUGAAAGUGCUCAGGGUCUCUUCAUACUACGAAGGAUGACAUCAAAGUCAGCCUUUAAAAAGACGGCACAGAAGUGUAGUAAUUGCUCGUCACCCAGGUGUAUUCUUCAGAACACAAGAUAUUACUUAUUCAAGAAGUCUUGGAGUUUAAUCAAAAAGCGCUUUGAUGAGUGGGUUAACUAGUCGGUCAGUACUGACUUAUGUGAUCCUCUCAACAGGUCACCGGACUGGGAACGGCCUGCAAUACAGAUGGCGUUGAACCAACUUCCAGUGGACGCAGGGUUAGGGUUAAGGUUAGGUCAAGGAUUAGAUUUAAGACUAAAUUUAAACUUAACGGUAAAGUAAGCCAGGAUCAAGUUUAGGGUUAAGGUAGGGGCUGGUGCUAACUGCAGAGUUUAGGUUUAGGAUAGGGCUAGAGUUCAGAUCAGGGCAACGAUUCAGUUUUAUGUUAGGGUUAUUGUUGGGGUUAGGACACGGGAAUAUUCUUCCCUUCCGGAAUUAUGCACAGGACCACAUAAGUCAGUUCUACCGUUAAUCGAAUUUCUAAAAUGUAAAUCGAUGCUUGUUGAGGGGUUUUAGGCUUUCAGCAUAAGUUUUUGCAAAGCCUUUUCAUCGGAAUAUGCGCACAAAACGUUUGAGACUCACUGGCUAGUUCACAGCAGUCAUCAGCUGGCCCUUAAGUAUCCCAAACUACGGGCACCAGUAAAUAACGGUUGCCUUUAAAUAACUUUAUCUGCAAGCUUAAAAACUGCCCUCGAUGAGAUAAGUUGUCUCUCAUUUUAGAGCGACAUUUUGACGGUCCCUCUGCAUCAAAGUAAAUACGCCACCUUAAAGAACUUUAAGCAGGUGCAUUUAUUAAAAAUAGCCUGGUUAAAUUAAGAAUCUGUCAUAGAUUUAUUUUGAGUAAUCAUUCAUAACUGGCUGCAGAAAUGCGGACAAAUCCACCGUCCCCGGUCGUUUGAUUCCAGAUGCGUUCCACGAGAUUAUGAAGGAUGUGGGACAAACAGAUGCACUAAAACACAGCGAUCACAAAUCGCCGUUGUCUUUAAAAUUCAUAAACAAUUUAGACAGUUGUAAUCGGAGGUAGCGGGAAACGGGGAACUGGUGCGUUCGGAAAACUUGCAUUGUUAGACCAGAAGAGAACCGCACCGCGCCGCAUCCCUCCUCCUCCGCAUCCCCCCAUCGUACUUCCGAGAGCUGAAGCAAGCACAACGCGCGUCUCAGCCACGCGAAUAGUCGAAAACCUCUUACCCCCCCCCCGAGCAAGCCAAUAACAUCGAAAAAUCGAUUGCUCGCACGGCUGGGAGACACGUCGAUCACUACUUGCUGGCGGUAGAGUGCGCGUUGUGAAUGUGAGAUUUGGAAAGUUCGUUCCCAAAUGGCGACGCAAAUUUUUUGACCGUUCGAAUUUCCCAUGGUCUGUCAACAGAAAUUUCCUAACUGUUGUGACUACAAACUCUGCGUAAGUCGGCUCGUAUUAAUGAGUUUUAAGCUAGCCUCUUUGCAACGGAUAGUUGUCAACCCAACGCAUAAGGAACAGUGAGUAGGGAGGAAAGACGUUAUAUGCAAGGAUGUCGCAUAAAGACCCGAAAGUUGCCGUAAUGGAAAUGAUUCAGAGCCGUCCCCCGACUUCCAACUAACAGGUUGCGAGUUCGAGCCCCAGGUGUUCCACACCUCGGGGUUGGGUGUGACUGGCUGACGACGGCUAAUAAGCCAGAAAUGGCCAUCCCAGUCUUCCUUGUCUUUGUUGGUAAUGCUAUUCUGCCUAAAUCAUGCGCCGCUGUGCGGCUGCUGGUUGGGCUCGAGAGAGAGCCCGUAAGACACAAUGGAACGAGUAAGUUCCGUAAGAACGAUCGCUGAGCACCCCCUCUACCGUUAUUAACGAGUCGACCUCAACUACCCCAAUAGCAGCAAUAUCAGACGAUGAAAGGCACCAGGUGUAAGGGUUUAUUCUGUACUUAACACCGAGCUGCUGUCUUGGACGCCGACGAGUUCAGAACAUACAGUAGAUGUGCUAACUCACGAAAUGUUAGCAAAAAUACUGAAAUGAGUUUUCGAUUCGAAAAGGUUACUUAAGUAAGAUUUUAAUAUUAAGGUUCGGGUGGGGGAGAAGGAGAGAGUGCGGUAGAUGAUGGGCAAGUCUAUUACCACUAUAAACUAAUUCUUGCGCAAGUCACCGUCAUACGGUGGAAAUCGUCGGAGACCACGGUCGAACUGUUAGGUGGCGCAUCGCCGGCCGCAGGUUACAAGUUUUCGCAUCUCCAUGGAUGCAGACGAAAUAAGUCCGUACUGAUCGAUAACUGACUUAGGGCCUUGUACGUAUGAAAAACGUCAACGUAUGGCUACAAAGCUCCUAAGGGAACUCUACUCUGCAUUUAAAAGAAGCCCUGGAUUCCGGCCAUAGAUAAGCUCAUGGGAGACACGUGGUGCAUACGUUUUAAUACUGGUCGGAAAGUGUAGUUUCCUUUAAGAACUGGCGAUAACAUCCAAUGACGGGGAUUCUGAUUCUCCGCAUGGUACAGAUAUCAGGCGUGACCCUAUGCCUAACCCCACAAUUAUCGUCAAAUAGGCGGUUGAUGUCGAAAUUAUUGAGGUAGAAACGGAUUUCUCGAAGGUUUAUUACUUAAACCGCCACAUUGCCAUUUACCGCGCAAGAUGAAGCAGGUCAGCUCAGGUUAGAUGAAUCAUCCACGACCUCGAUAACCACCUUGAACGAGGGUUGACUCUGAAACCUUCCGCAGGGCCAAUUUGAAUUUCAAGGUCCUAAAGAACGAAUGAGUAUGUUAGAGCAGCAACUAUUCCUGGAACCUCCUCUAUGCGUCCAAGAAAAAGAAGGACAACCGAAUCGCUUCCAAGGAGCCCUUUAACGCAAUAAUUUGCUCCCACUAUGUCCUAUCAGUUUGUGAAACAGUGGCAGUUUGACCGCCGCAAACGACAUCCCCAAUCGGAGCGGGCAGUGACAGCAGUGACUUGCGCAGCAGCCAUCGCACUCCCUCAUUCUCAGUCACCUGACACCGGUGGGGAAAAAGUGUCCAGACGACCAGAAAGAAGCGCGGACACAGUGACUGUUAGAGUUGAACAGCUCGUCUACGCAUUCCCCGUACGAGCUGCUCUCUACUCUAAAGGUACCGGGCAUCUGUGGAGGUGAUUCGGACCUCCCGUUCAGGGGAGUUUUCAUGGGGACCACGUUAAGAGGAAGAAGCCAUUGCCAAGCCACUCUCAGUCCUCCAGUCGUCCGGCAGGGCAUCGUAGCUCAAGUGGUUAGAGCGUUGGCUGUACUAAAGCCUUCCCCUUACUGUGUGGGUUCGAAUCCCACCGAGGCGCCGAGUUCUUCACAGUUGGGCCAAUAUGAAUUAUUCAAAAUCUGCCAAAACAUCUAUGAAUUUUUCAACUUCCUAGUUGAAAUGCCUGCCAUGAUAAAUCCGUGGGCAUAAACAGAGACCUGCAGAAAGUGGAACGCUUUCUAUAAAGACUAACCACGGGUAACGAUGGUUGGCAUUUUCAUUACCCUAGGCGGCAAACUCUUUCAAACUGCACGAAUUCCCCCUUUUCUUGUUACUUGCCACAGCCGCCAAGAAGGCUAUCAGAUGGCUAGAGCGUUGACUGUACCAAGGCCUUCCCCCUACUGUCGUGCUUUCGAAUCCCAACGAGAUCGCCUGAUUUUUUCACAAUUGGGUCAAAAUGGAUGUGGAUCUAAGCAGCGAUGGCGGGGCAACGCGCACCACAGGCCGACAAGGGCAUUUUCUUCUGAUUGUAAACUUGAGAGCAGUCUAACGCCCCCAACUUUCAUCAUAGCUUCGUAAAAUUUCGGAAUUAUGACCCAAUUAAAUGAUUGCGAGACAAAAGCAUAAGCACUUACACGUUUCCGCGUCCGUUUCAGGGUCUUCCAUUUUGGCACUCCGCACUGACAUGUGAAGGGAAGUGGGGACGAAUUGGUUUGGUAGAGAAAGGGAUAGAAUGCGAGGGCAUCUUUCGCAAAGCGCAGAUGCGAAAAACUGAAAGUCGCAGGAAAGUUUUAGGCACUGCAACAACGAAUGUCUGCGGAAUAAACUAACUUACAUGGGAUCACGCGCAAAGCCAUCUCUUUAUCGUCUCAGUUCAGACAAGCUCCGAGACUUCUGAUAGGGAUCAACCAGCGGGGAUGCAUGGAAGGGGUGCUGGGUCGAUGGUUCUGCUGUGAUGGUUCUUCUGCGUGAAUAAUUGUAAUAUGAGGCAGGCUUGUGCAGCAUCUGCAGCACUCUGCUCCCUCAUCCACUUUGCUGCGACUGCGUGAAGACGUGAGAACGAAUAGAAGUGGGCGGGGACGCAGUGGUUGGCGGGGCUAAACGGUCCCUCUACGCGUACCACACACGGCCUGACUGACACUACAAGUGCGAGGCCUCCGUAAGGACGACUCUACUAGCACAUGCGUGAAUUAUUCAUGAGGACCACACCAAACAACAGCCAUUGCAGCUUUACUCUCACUUAUCCUUUCACUCCGAAAUAGUCAUCGCAAAGAACGGUUAUGCCGUCAGUUGGCAGCCUCCCAAGCCACGACUCCGAGCAGGUCGUAAUAGAUUCAAGGACGUAAGCUUUAGUACAAUGAAGAAUGUAAUAAUAUGCGACAGGAAUGGAUUCCCCAGAAUCGAUCUCUCUUUCCUCUCCUAUGCGCCAGUUGACUGUCCAGGCCUGUUAACCAAUAGGCGAUGGGAUUGGGGAGGUAGUUUAUAAUGAGGCAGACUUAGGCGCGCAAACUGCUGCACCUUCUUCUCCCUCAUUCACCUUUCCUCGAUUGCGAGACAGACAAGUAAAUAGCACUUUUCCCAUACGCCUUCGAGUGAAAAAGAUGACCUAAGUGAGAUUGCUAAACGUAUUACAAGGCAUCGCGAUCCCACGUCAUUUCUCGCGUGGUUGCAUGUUGACUUUGAAGGAAGCCAGUUUCUAGACAACGGUGUAAAUUAUAUUCGGGAUUAAGUAACUACUUAAUUAACACUCUUCGCGUGAACUUUCUGUGGAUGUGCAAACUUUACUGUACCCUACGGAAAGCAUGCCAAAUAAAGCCCUUUUUGCGUACAUUUUAGGAGAAGUCCCCUCGCCUUCACAGCUGGUAUUUGAAGCAAGUGAGUACUUUGGGUUUUUAAAAGUUUGCACUUAUACGAACCUUUGAGUCAUGCAAUCUUUACCCCCCACUCUGGUUUAUAAAUACUGCCCACAAAUUAUGCCACCUGGUCCAAAUCUACCGAAGUGCUCAAUGAGAAUCAAAGGUCAUUUUUAUGUGCGCUUGCUUCCGACAAGGCCAUAACACAGGUUGUAGUAGGCGUUUUUUUGGCAAAUUUGAAUAAUUCAGCUGACCUUAUUAUAAAAAACUUGAUAGUUCCAGCGGGAUUCGAAAGCACAAAGGGUCUUAAGUACAGUCAACGCUUUAACUACCUGAUCUAGGAGGCCCCGACCGAGAGCCCUUAUUUAAAUCAUAUGCGAGUCAGUAUACCUGUUUAACCUACCUCAAAGUAGGGAACUCACAAACUAUGAUACAGUAGGCUGAGAGGGCAAGUAAGUUUUUAAAAAAAUUAUAUCUAAAAUUCAUUAGAUUAUCUUUCAGCUCAGGUGGCUAGACUGCUAGUUGCAUUCAUCCACUGCCUUUGCUGCCUGGGGUUCCAGUCCCACCUAGGUCAUGUAGUUUCUUAGGGAUGACUUAACUCAAUAAAAACAUUGGACAAUCAGAGAUUUGUUGCUUUUACUUCCUCAGAAACUAACCCUUAACUUGGAGUAAAUCAGUUUAAAUUAAGUACCGUACUGGUUAUUGUACAAUUCUGACAUAGAAGGCAUUCACAGACAAAUUUAUACCAGUGACCAAUGCUUUUGUAUGUAAUUACUUACCUAAUUUUUUUUCACACCUGCCUUACACACUGUUUUUUUAUGACGUUAUUGUAACCAAAAGGGAGUUUAAAGGCGCUCGCCUACCUUUCCCUUAAUAAACCUGAUCUGAUCUGAUAAGGUCUUUAGGCGCAGACCGAAAUUUGGUCCGACCUCCAUCGGCCAUAGCGGGAUAACCGCGUAAUAUUCAUUAACUGCCGACAGGCAGUUAGUAGCAUAUAUUUUAGUGUGACAAGACACCAUACUAAUAGAACAGGUACUAUCUAGUAUGGUAUCUUGUAACACUAAAAUCAGAUAUUUAUUCUCGAUCGUUUUUCCAGACGAAUAGGAAUACUCCCAGUCAAAAAACCAACACGGUCACUUCCGGCUUUCACUGCAGUCUCCGGUCGCAUGCGAUUUGGUAGCCCCACCUGAAGUAAACAAACCCCCGUCACCUCUAAUACGGGACCGGUAGUAAUAGAGGUUUUUACAGGUGGGGCCGGGGAACGCGCAGGCGACGAGGACAAGUAGUUGCAUGCAAAAGAAAAGCCAUUGGGAAUGCGCGGUUGGACUGUGAAUGGUUGAGAAAUAGUUGCCCUAACCCCUAAGCCUAACCUCUAACCAUAGCCCCUAACCCUUAACCCCAACCCUAACAAUAUUGUGUCCAUCAGGUGGGGCUACCAAACCACAUAUUACCCAGCUUUUCCUUUAUGUAGGCAGUUGCGGUCUAUAGUUUAUUACAGGUAGUUUUUGCCACAAUUCCAUUAAGUUCGGCGCAUGCAGUAUACAAGUUCAAAGACGUGAACUUGGUAGGAGAAUCCUCGGCGCAUUUACUCUAACCGAGUGUCCUCACGUGCUACAGACUCAUUGAGAUGCACAGAGCCUCCUCCGCGCAAAGCACCAACUCACUUACAUGGUAAUUAAUUUUUUUACUGCUUGGCAGUCCGGUAGUACAAAUGUGUAGAACCGGAGGUACUAUUUGGAACAGUGAGCUCGAUGUACUUGUAGGCUCAAGUGGAUUGGAAACUUUUCCUACGAAACGAUGCGCAAAAAAGUGGAUUAAGCAAUUAGCGUCUGAAAGCUGGUUUGUGACGCGUAGUGGGUAUUACCUCAACUGUCCCUUUAUGGAGAGGAAAGGAGGGAGACCAGUGGGAGGGCUUUAUUCUGUACAGGGUCCACACCCGCAUUGACAUGUUUGUUCUCCAGGCGAAAAUAAAAGCGAGCCUGCACUCAAGAUGUGCUCAUGAGAGAGCACUUCAGUUUUAAUGAUUGGCUUGGGCUUGGACGCCCCUGCCCGGCUGACUGUGCUGAUGCGGACCUGCAGCUUUCGUCCGAAAAGAUAAUUAGCUUUUGUUCUGCUGGACGUGACUGCCAGUCAGAGAAGAUCUGGGACACCAUGGGAGGUUCACAGCGUUCACGCAUUAUAUAUACAUACAUAUGUAGUACAACGUAGAUAAUCACGGAAUUCCCCCCCUCCCCUCGUAUGCUGGUACCGUACAUUAAUGUUUGUUUGAAUUGUCUGUUUUUCUCAAAGCCACCUUAAAAUAGUAUUUUUAUGGAAAAAUUGCCGUGGACAAAUGUUUUGAGACAAUUGUCAGAAGAAGGAAAGUCAUUGGAGUUGUUAUAUUUACCUUAUGCGUCACAAAAUGCUGUCCUCUAUACCGACCGCAAAACAACCUAUUUAAAUCCCUUUGUUCAGACUGCAUGUUGUCUAGUUUUAGAAGCUUCGUACCCCGUAACAACCAAGGUUUUGUCUAGAAAGGCAUGAUUUUCUAGGCUUUUUCUCUUAGGAACGACCUAUUAUGCCAUUCCAGUGGCAAAUUGUGCGCUGACAUCGUUUCCCACGGAAAAUCUAUAACAGCUGAACACUCCAGUAGUCAUUUAGAACUACAAAUCCAUCGUGAAUGCUCAUAUUACUAUCUGACCGAGUGGCCAUAACAUAGGUGGUUGAGAAAACUUAACGGGAAAGUCAGUACCCCUUGGUUUUUGAACUAGCCCGAGAUCAUGUUGCAUGUUAUUAUUCCGAAAAAGCCACCUGUACAACCCCCUACUAGUUGAAUUCUUGUUUGAACCCUUCGGCAAAGGCUUCACAAAGUUCAAUUCUUGGGUGCAAACUGAACUCCCAAGUCACUUUUCUGAUAACUGAGCGAACAUGUGACAAUGUUGUUAUAAACAGUAUCUUCGAUUAGUCGGAAACCACACGUAGUCAUGCUAACACUUCAGUCCAGAAAUAAAUCUGCCAAGCGGCUGCAGCUGUAAGCUUUCGUCAGCCAGAAGGCGGUUCUCAUCUGUCAGGUGUCCAAAUAUGCCCCAAAUAUGUUAACAGGAAAGAAUCCCCAUAUAGCAUAUAGAUUCCCUUUUCCCGUAAAUCUGUCCGACAGUACCACCAUCUUAAGUGUACAGGUUUUUUGUCAGCGGAGGCGCCGAAUGUUUAUGCGUCGUUCAGGGAGUUCCGGACUGCGUCCAUAUAUCCACAACUUUGAUUCUGAAUAAGCAGAUAUAAUCAUCCCUGACGUUCGAAACUCUAGAGCAAACACUUCUUCGAAAUGGUGCACGAUGGACAUUUCCCGGCAGGUGAAGUCAUGAGCACAUUUCAACCACAAAGACCCUCACAUCAGGUACCGAGUAGAAGUAGACGGGAAGCAGGUUCAAGAAAGAAUGCGUUGUUCAAGCUCAUUUGCAACAAGACGCAGAGUCCGCUUCCGGGCCCGCUGAUACAGAAGUCUGAGUGCGUAUAGCAAGAGCAAGUCCACGUAAAUCCUGGAAUUGAUUGGUCACUUUGGACGGCUGUAAUAAACUGGAUAUCGCACAGAAUCUCUCGGUGUCAGAAAUUGGUCAGACGCGAUUGAGGCAUCAAACAAGGCCUUACAAUGUCAGGCGGAUAAUCUGCCGUUGAUUUGAGUGCGCACGAGUGCCCUAGACGGACACUCAGUGUAGAUACCAGAAGUUGCAUCACUGCAAACAUAUCCGACUGGUCUCUUCCGAGACCAUCUAUCCCCUGACAGCGUAGUGCUUACCGCCUUAGGUAUAAACUGGUCGAACAAAAGCCAUUGCUUGCGAGAAGGGAUGGCGGAGAAGGGGGUUGGUGUGAUAUUCCCAUCCCCCGAUCGGUUACUUAUAGGCGAAUCCGUAAAUCCCUCCAGUGAAAUAGCCAUUGGAGUCCUCCCUACCUUAGUCGUCAAGAAUGUCGACCACGAGAGAUAAGUAGGGGAGUAAGCUGAAAAAACUCAAUCACCAAAAAACCCAAAUGCAAAACAUGUAGUGUCGUUGACCCGAGACAGCACAAAAUCCCUUUUCCCGUGCGCUAGGGUCUCGCACCUGUCUGUUUAAUGCGAAAACUGGAAAUCACAAGUGCGUCUCGAGAAAUGUGUUGAACUUUUUGAGUGCGCGCAGUCGACUGGUCAACCGGGCGUAAACACGCACACACACAGACAGACACAAAAAAUUAAGUGCCAAACUCCUCUUUCGGGGGGGCAGACUGGCCUACUGAUUUGCAUAUAGAUGACAGAAGGUGGGUUUUGGAGCCAGUCAGAAGGUUUCCCAGGACCUGUGCGACUUUCCGACAGUAAGAACGCACAGCAGUCUGUAGCGCUGACUCUGUUCCCCCACUGAUUUGUCUUCCACUUAAAUUACAGUCUUACAGAUCAUGAAUUCGUAAGAUUACUCCACGCAGAAACCCGGUGUUAGUGACGACAGUUUGACCGUUGUUCCCGACAUUGUCCACCUUGUGCUCCACAUCAGCUGAGAGCAGGGACGGUGACUUGUGCUGCAUCCACCGCACUCUCUCCUUCCCCCCCACACCUGGGCCCCGUGUCAAAACAUGGUCAAGAAGACCGGAGGCGUGGGAGGGCGCAGGUGGAUGACACAGUCGAGCCUGCUCCUUGACGCUCCACUCAAUACCCCCUGGUCCACACAGAAAAUAACCAGAUUUUUGACCGCAACAACAGUGGGCGGGGGGGGGGUGGCGGAAGGGGUCCCAGUGUGCGCGACGUCUGCCGCACGUCGAAAUGUUGGCAUUUAUUAUGGUGCGCAAAUCCGAUAACGCCUGCCAGAAUCCGAUAUGACCCCCGUGUUUGUCCAGCGCAUCUACCACGUGGCCCGUUUGGGGAGCACGGUAUUAAUGACAACAGAAGGCGAACGCAUCCCAUUCGUUUGUCUUCCUCACAGCUCCGGCUCGAAAAAGACUUCCGUCCAAUCAUCCGGUCAAACCUGAUAGUUAAGGAGACAGAGCCCACCAGAUUGGGUGGGGUUUAUUGUGCACAGAAGCCUGAGUUGUCCUCUCAGGCGGACAAUGACCGCUGGCAAAGGCGGUGCCGGUUUUGACUGCAUCUAGUCCUGCCUGGGAGCCUUGGGACAGUGGUGGCGGCUGCUCUUGGAAGUUUGUGGGGCAUUCUGAAGUGGUGUCCAAUUGGUCUGUGUGUUGCCUUUUCGAGAGGUGGUGUUCAAGCGGCUUGUGUUGUGUUCGCAGGGGAUGGUGUGUUUAAGUGACGCAUGGGCAGCUGUGACUCUGUGGAUGCGUGUGCACCCGAGUUGAGGUCGGUCGUUAGGCCGCAAGUCAGCGCAUCUAGAACUGCUCACUGCGAAGAUGAAUGACCUUGAAGCAACGUGACCUUGAAGAAGGACGUCAGACGUGGCCAUGGGGGAUGUCGGCAACAGAUUUAAAGCUUGUAGUUUGCAAUGCCAGUGCAAUGGCAGGCCAGGUCCAAAAUUAUUCGGGAAUUGGGGUUUUUUUAAACUGAAAGACACGCUUUUUUCGAGCAAAAAUUUAAAGAAGACGUGAGUUGCUACAAAUUGAACACAAGGAAAAUAUCAUCGUGCAUGUUUUUGUGUGCUACGCUUGAAUGUGUAAGUGCAUCUAAAAUCAAUUAGAAAAAUUCGUACUACUUAAGUGGCCAUUUUUUGCCGAGUGCAGUUUUUGCAGGCGACCGAAAGGAAGUUUGGUCAAGAGCCGGCACCCUGAAGUGACUGAAAGAUCUCCUGAUAAGGCUGCGCAACAGUUAGUCUAAGGACCAUAAUUAAGUAGUCUUUUUCUAUUCGAAGACACAUUUCAAAGUUCCGAUUAAGAUUUUACGAGAUGGCACAUAUACUGUACCUUUAAAUUACAUUACAUGCCUACGGAUCAUAAAUAGGUAUGAAUACUCCACUCAGAAACCUGCCAAUAAUGGCAAUAAAAGAUGAACAGCAUCCUAUUCGUUUGCUCGCCCAUCCGUAAUCAGGAGGAAGACGAUUCAGUAUAUUUAAAAGUACUGCUCAUAAAAACACGCCAGAGAUCUCUGGCUGAUUUAUCUUUCGUAUCCCCUUAUGGGACAGCCUUCGGCUGGAAAAACCUGGACGUUUGACCCAAGUUCCCUUGGAGACUGACCUUCCCACUCUGCCGGCUGAUUUAGGGGCUCACGCCCAAACAGGAGUAUCCAAAGGAAUUAGCGUUCACUGCCCUAGCUUGACCUUAGCACAGAGUACAGGCUACUCGCCAUGAUUCGAAGGCCCCGUUGUAACCAUUCGUAGGCGGAAACAGUCAAGAGAACGCGGUCUCUGAACUCAAAUAGUGCCGAAUAAUUCACUGAUCAAGUGUGCCCGGGUUCCAAUCCCGGGUCUUCACAAGCUAGGGCCGGAGCAUGACUGCCCAAUUACGGCAAACAAAUGAGAAACGGGCAUAACAGGCACUUUUGACUUUAUCGGCGAUAUUGCUUUCUUGAUGAUUAGCUGACCAUUCUGUCUUAUUAGUGCGAUCGAUGAGAAAAUUCCAGCUUCUCUCGUAGUGUCUCUUCUUGCGUUAACUGUAACGUUUGUCGCAAACUGGCACCGGCUUCUCCACUCUGUCUGUGCCAGUGAGCCCAUUAGUCUCUGCUUAAACCAAAACCCCCACCUUUCGAGGUCAGUGGCGUUGGACUUCUAACUAACAGGUCGCGAGUUCGAGCCCCAGGUGUUCCACACUCCGGGGUUGGUUAUGAAUAGCUGACGACGGCUAAUAUGCCAGAAAUGGCCAUUCCAGUCUCCCUUGACUUUGUCGGUAAUACCAUUCUGCCUAUAUAUCAUGCGCCGCUGUGCGGCUGCUGGUUGGGCUCGAGAGAGAGCCCGUAAGGCAAAACGGAACGAGUGAGUUCCGUAUGAACGAUCGGUGAGCGCCCCUACCAUUGUAUAUUCCCGAUCGAAAACCGACAGGGCAACGGGCUCGUGGCGCAAUGGUUAGAGGCGUGGACUUCUAGCUAACGGGUUGCGAGUUCGAGGCUCGGGUGUUCCACACUUCGGGCUUGGGUAUGACUGGCUGACGACGACUAAUAAGCCAGAAAUGGCCAUUCCACUCUCCCUUGUCUUUGCCAGUAAUGUCAUUCUGCCUAUAUAUGUGUGUGUACGGCGCGGAUGUGAUACCUAAAUAUCCAUUACUGUGGCUGUACAAAUGAGAACACAACUACUCACAUUUUCACUCCUUUCCCCCAUGCGCGACCGUUGGCGUCGAUGGAAUUUCCCAGCUGAAAAGCGCUCUUCCGGAGCAACAAAAAACAACGCUACUCACGGGUACCUAAGCGUGGGAAAGCUAGAGUACAGGCGGCUGAGCUCAAGAUAAAGUUGUGAGAACGAUUAGGAUGGAGCGGAAAGAAGGUGUUGGGAAGGCGAAGACCUAAAUGGAUUAAUAAAUUAUGACAGUAGGCGCUCACCGAUCAGGUAGGUUACGGAUUAAUAAAUGUUUAUGACCGAGAAAAACUACUAGGCUUUACGUUUGUGUCGUGAGUGGGUACUAAUUACAGGCUGACACACUCCUCAUGUUGCGAACUCCUAAAGGUUAGACUUGGUGACCUGAAAAUGCUAUUAGACCCGACUUCUCUUUCUAAAUAACGUCAAACCCUGCUUUAGUAAGCAACCCAGUUGUCACAGUACUUGCUACGCCGUCGAAGAUUAGGCGGCGAGGUUUGAUCCUGCAAUCCUACUCGAUUUGUACCAUAUGGUUAGCUAGGUUAUCCCAAAGUAAGUAGUUUAGCUAUGGCUUGGUCUACAGUGGUCGCAUCUCGACUGAAAGGAUAAUCUAAAUGAGGCAGUAUGUGCACUGCAGGUCAGAGGAAACUGAGGUCGUAAGAAGCGACAAAUAUGUAAGGCUAUAACUUACUCAAACAAAUAUAGUAGGUAUUAUUUCUAGGCAACGGAUAUUUGGGUGUCAUCUCCCGAUUAUUGCCGCUUCCUGAAACAAUUUUAGUUAACAAACCUAACUUAACCAUUUGCUGGAUUAGGGAGGGAAGGAGAGAGCAAGCAGAGCUCGAAACACGAGGAGGGAAAGGUGUAUGAACUGGUGCUUUGUGUAACUGAAGAUGGCGUGUGCAGACUCCCCGCGACACAGCCACUAGCUGGAUUAAGAGGUCGCAAUCAAAACUGGAAGGCUACAGCGGGAAGCGCAUGUUUAUUCACAGAUUAUGGCCACUAUGGUGGAACCGGCGGAGUUUCACACCGUCCGAACAAUGACACUCGCUGGACUGAGAUAAUAACGAGGGCGCAAGCAGGGCUCGAAGCAAGCGCAGGGAAGAGCGUGCGAGCUGAUACCUGAUGUAAACGAGGCUGGCGUCUGAGCACUCCCCGCCGGGUGCAGUCACUCGCCGGGUUAAAGUGGCAAGUAAGGCGAAAACACGUGAUGUAUGCAAAGUCAGCGUAAUCGCACCUGCUAAAAUUGUCUUAGUAGCCAACCGUAUAGUAUCGAUCAAGUGGGGCAGCAGGAUCAAACCUCGCCGUUUUCCGGGCCAUCGUUUACGCUGAAUGAUUAUCGAGGCCCCGUCAAGACGACGGGAGGCGGGCGCGGGUGCAGUAGCCGACAAAAGUGGAGGACCCGUCUACGCGUGCCACACACGAGCUGGUGCCCAGUGCAGGCAUCAGGGUACAGUAGGGGGUGGCUGGAGCAUCACGUGUGUGGCAGUGACAAAAGGGUUACGUCAAGAAGGGGUCCUUGCUGUCCCAGUGAUUUGUCCUGUCAGCUGGCAUCCUCGCAAGCCACGACUCUUGGCAUGUCACGAUUGAUAUAAUCUCGUCAGCUUUGUUGCAGUGGUAUCAAUCAAGUGGGGCUGUAGGACCAAACCUCGCCGAUUAGGCUGCCGACGAUUAAGCUCUUCCAGACCUCGGCUUGUACUGAAUGAAACCCUUGUUAAAGGAAAGUUCGGUGAUCAACUGAUGAGCGUGAGGAACUGCGAAACGAUCUUUCAACACAGAGUAGACCCAAAAAGGCGAAGGGAGCCGCGGUGCUCACGUAGGUCAGAGGGCGAACUAAGGAGCAGUCAUUGUGGCCGUACCCUGUCGGUUGAUAACCCCCAAAGCCGCGACCGGUAGUGGCCAGGUUUAUGACUGUGACAGAUUGAUUGAUUUGCCAUGAACAUGAAGUUCUCAGAAUUAGUCUUACUCGCUCUCUUUCUCUUCUGAUAAGCCAGCAACCUAUCCAAGUCUUUGGCCGGCCGGAUAUGAUAUUGAGGGCAGGGAUUGACGUUGCAUGAUUUUCCCGUAGUAUGUGUGCCAUAGGUCCCUACAACGGUCUGUGUUGGAGAUGCGUUGGGCCUGUAGCGUCUAGGCGGUGAGUGCACUCAGGGCGUUACAAUCAUCAGGCGAAGUUCUGAGUUAUAGGAGGAGACAGAAUUCACCAUAAUGAGGGGUAUUCCAUACGGUGACAGAGGUUGCUAGUGAGGCCAAGGCAGGUGCUGACGGUGUUAGGUCACUGUUGAGAGAGAGAGAGGUAGGUAGACAGAUAGAUGGAUAGGGAGAGAAUUGAUGGUAGCUGUUUUAAUAGGUUCGUGGGGAGCUGGUUCAAGUGUUGUUCAAUUGGUGUGUGUGUUGCAUUUGCCGAGGGGUAGUGUGUCUAGUGGUUUAGGUUGCAUUUGCCUUGGGCAGCUGCGACUGUGUGGACGCUGAAGUCCGUCGAGCGACAGCACGCCAAGGCGUCCUGAACCGCUCGCCGCGAGGGCGAAUGACCUUGAGGCGGUGCGACCUUGGAAAAGGGCGCCAGACAUCACAAUAAUGGCUGUCAGCAACAGACCAAAACGGGGAGUCAGAAUGCUUUACGGCACGCAGCUACCGAGCAGUGCAGAGUUCGCGCGAACCACGUCAGCCAUUGUGUCCGAUCCCAUCGCCAAUUGGUUGACGGGCUCGGCCAGUAGACUAAUGCAUGAGAGAUGAAAGAGAGAGGUCGCUUCCGGGGAAUAUAUCCCUAUUGCGAAUCAGAAAAUUCCUCGCCAUAAUAAAGGUUACGCCCUUGAAGCUAUCGCAGCGUGCUAAGAGUCGUGGAUUGGGAGGCCGCCCACUGACGGGAUAAACCGUUCCUAACGAUGGGUAUUUCGCAACGACUGGAUAAUUGUGAGUCAAGCUGCGAUGGCUGCUCUUUAGUGUGGCCCUUAUGAAUAAUUCACGCGUGAGCUAUUCGAAUCGCCCUUACGGAAGCCAGGUACUCGCGUGUGGUACGCGUAGAGGGGCCGUUUAUCCCCGCCAACCACUGCACCCGCGCCCACUUUCAGUCGUUCUGGCAUCUUCCUGCAGUCGCAGCAAGGUGGAUGAGGGAGCAGAGUGUUGCAGAUGUUGCACAAGCCUGUCUUACGGUGGGAGACGGUGGACGCCGUCGCUCGGGACGGUUGGGCUGUCGUAUGCGCGUCAUACGCAUGCAUGACAAGACGUACGGGCUCACACAGGCUCAGCACAACUCGAAUGGCGCAUGUAGCGAGCCACUUUGGUCCUGGUUUUGGUAAGGCGCAUCAGCGAUCCAGCUCAUCUGGAGGCCGAUUUAGUUCCACACAAUAUUGACUGGCAGACGGACAAUUCGCGCCAGAGUUAUGAAAGAACCUCAGUAUUUAUCCCCAGGAAUUAAAAAACUGGGCUUUAUACAGCACAUUCCUUAAGCCUCAAGACGUGGAAGGCUGCUGUGGCACAGUGGUCUGGAAACGAAGACGUGCACGGCCACUGCUCAUAUGGCCCAUAUCGACCCAGCACUCCGUCCAUGUAUUUCCGCUGGCUGAUCUUUCCUCGAUCUUCAUCUCUUCGUGGUCUUUAUCGCCAGUUUCGGAGCUUGUCUGAACUGAGACGACAAAGAGAUCGUUGUGCGUGUGAUCCCGUAUAAGUUAGUCUAUUCUACAAACCCUCUUUGUUUCGACGCCUCAGACUUUCCUGCAAAUAUCAGGGUUUUGUAAAAUAUGCCCUUGCGUUUUAUUUCUUACUCUGCACAACCAAUUGUCUCCCUCGUUCCCCCUUCACCUAUCAGUGCGAAGUGCCAUAAUGGAAGACCCUGAGUGGAUGCAAUUCAUGGACGCGGAGACGUGUAAGUGCUUAGACAUUUGUUUCACAAUUAUUUAACUGGGUCAUAAUUCCGAAAUUUUACGAAGCCAUGAUGAAAUUUGUUGGCGUUAGACUGCGCUCACGUUUACAACCAGAAUAAAAUGUCCUUGUUAGCUUGUAGUGCACCUUGUUCCGCCAUCACUGCCUAGAUCCACGUCCAUUUUGACCCAACUGUGAAAAACUCGGCGACCUCGUUGGGAUUCGAACCCACGACAGUAAGGGGAAGGUCUUGGUACAGUCAACGCUCUCACCAUCUUAGCUACGAGGUCCCACCGGGUUCACCUUGACAGGUCGUGUCCCUUGUGCUAAAGACACUCACUGAAAUUUAUCUUCUGCUGUCGAAAAUGCACACAAGCAAAGAUUCUGUUUUCUGCCUGAUUUAUUGAGAUGCGACGGUCAAAAACUUGAGGCUUUCUAAAUCAAGAGUUAGGGAAGACGUAGUCACUGGACAGUCUUUAGUGAGGUUAAAGAACGCGCGCGCGGCUCGGCGGGCUAAGGCAGCCCGUGUUCUGACUGGCCGCAUGCCAGUCGCUUUAAGUUGUCAGUCCCGGCGCGAGGCGCAUGCACCCGAGCAUUGUCUGGCUGUGGCCAAUCGAUGAAGACGAAAAUACCGAUAGAUGUCGCUGGCCGACGAGCCGAAGGCUGAGUCACACACGCGCCCGCAGUGAUUAACAGGCGUGUUAGACAAACCGGAGGCGGCAUGCAUAAACGGCAACGAUGGCGACCGCGAGAGUGGACCGCUGGAGAAUGGAUCGGAGACGUGGAUACUUUGCGUAGUGCGCAUGACGAAUCUGGUAAGUAUGACUACCCGAGGAGCUAAUCAAGUUAAUUUAAUAUUAGUAACUUUGUAGGAGUUUCAGUCUGUGGUGGUAACUGGCGCAACAGGUCGGUCCCGACAUCAGACACCAUCGUGAAGCCGAGGAUUUUGCUAGGUAACUCAGGCCUUACAGUCUGAUAGCUACUUGCCGUCCGUGGCAAGAAGCAAGAAAAGGGAGGAAUUCGUGCGGUUAGAAACAGUUUGCCGUCGAGGGUAAUGAAACUGUCAAUCAGCGCUACCCGUAGCCAGCCUUUAUAAAAAGCGUUCCACUUGCUGCAGGUCUCUGUUUAUGCCCACGAAGUUAUCGUAGCAGGCGGCUCGAAUAAGGAGUUUGAAAAAUCACAUUCUUUCAAGAUCGUAAAUUUGUGACGCAGCACACUCACACACGUACACACCGAAGAAGUGAAAAAUCGGCGUUACUGUAUCAACUUUUUGAGAAUCCGUACAGUAACCUAGCGGAACUAGGGAAACAUACGUUUUUUACGUUUAAAACCAUUUAAACACGCUUAGCGUGUGCAUUUUCACUUGAGGUACUUGGAUUUGAACAUUUAAAUGAAUCAACUUGUCGUUUCUUAUUCAAAACCCACAAACAAUAGCACGGCCUGUAUAAAAGUGUAAUUACAUUGGUUAACAGCCGGAGACUGCGUUACCGAUGCCUUCCUACAGAUGGAAUUUGACAAAAUCGCCGCCUUCUACAUGGGUAUGUAGAAUUCUGACUUUUCUACAGUUUUUCGUUCUUUCCGUACAAGUACACAUAAAUACGUCAAACUUAACAAGUUUUAAAACCUCCCCAGAGAAAGCAACGAGAAAUACAUUUAAUAACGUGCUUUUUACAGUUAUGGCUUCCAACUGAUGCCGCCGUACGUGCAGGGUGUACAAAAAACGGUAUACACACUUUGAAUAACCCUGAAAUCAGUGUUUAUUAAAACACUAAUUAAUUUUAACAUGCGACAAAAUCUACGGACAUAGUGCGCCCAUCGGCCUUAUCUGUGGAUAUGUUUGAUGGUGAGUGAGAAUCCGAAACGUCGGGGGAGUUAAUUUCGGUUGGACAAGGGAAUAGGUACUUUCAGCAUAUCACAGGUGACCUCUUGUUGAAUUCCAGAGGGCAUGAGAAUACUUGUGUUUCGAGUCAGUGUUUAGGGUCCGUGAAAGCGCACCAGUUUAUAUUCACCGGGAGGUGAACUGAUCGAUUAGGUGAUGAGUGCUAGCCCGCGAUUGGUUGACGUGUGCGGACACGUCAGUGGCUUAUCUGCGCCAAUCGCUAAGCCGGCAAGUCCGAGGGAUAGCGAUGAUGAGGUGACUGCGAAAGUCUACCGGAUGCCGAGAAAUGGCGAAUGGGGAGAAGCCUACAGAGUCGUGACUACCAGUAAAGCACGCCUCUCAGCAUAACGAUGCAAAAGUAGAGCGCAGACCAUUGAAGGCUACUUGAAGUUCACUAUUUUUAUCCAUACCUAGAUGCUCAAGACCAUGAAUUCGACAACGUAUCCCUUGAUGAACUACUAACUGCGAAUUCAGGUGAGCUAGAUCUUGUAUGAUUCGAAGUCUCAAACUAACAUUUUGGUGAAAGAGUGUGCUUUUGCUACCUUUUUUCUCUAGGCAUAUGCACAGAUGGAACAGUUUUUCCAACAGAGCGAAAUCCGUGAAAGUUAAGACAAAACUGCGAUUUAACACACACAAAAAAGAAAACGACGACAAAAGCGCCCGGAGGCGCAUAAAUUCAGUGUGUUCUGUAAACGAGUUCAGAGCGAGAGGUUUGAUUGAAUGUCGGCCAGCUUGGGGCAUUGGCACUCGCUAGACGAUGGCUCACUAUCGUCAAUAGUAGCAACGUGGUCGUCAAGUACGUCCAUGCGUCUAGACACCCUGGGAAAGUAGGAUGGUUUUCUUUACGAGAGUCCGCAGUAGAAACCAUUCUGUUGCCCUGGCUGGAAGACAACCUCCAUUCAUAAGUAUUUACCGACAAGGACAGGCACUGUAGGAAUGACCGCUCCUGGUUCGAUCGCGUAACGGAACUCGCUCGUCGAGUUGUGUCUUAUGGCUCUCUCCCGAGUCUCGCCAGCAGUCGCGCAGUGGAGCGUAAUAUAGACAGAAUAGAAUUACCAACAAUGACAAGGGAGAGUGGAAUGGCCAUUCCUGGCUUAUUAACUGUCGUCGGCCAGUCAUACCCAACUCCGAGGUGUGAAACACUUGGGGCUCGAUCCCGCGACCCGUUGGUUAGAAGUGUAACAUCCUGAACUACAGAGCCACGGGUUCGUGUUCCUGCCGGUGCUCGAGAGGGAGCCGUAACGGGAAGAGUGAGUUCCGUAGCGCGAUCGGUGAACGCCCCUCUACCACAGAAUGUACUCUGUCGAUACCGGUAGGACAACGAACCCGUGGCUCAGUUGUUAGGCAGUUGGACUUCUAACCAGCAGAUCGCGGGAUCGAACCCCAGGUGUUCCACACCUGAGGGUUGAGUAGGGCUGACUGAUGACAGCUAACAUGCCAGAAAUGGCCAAUCCAGUCUCCCUUGUCUUUGUCGACAAAUCCAUUCCACUCCUGGUUCAUUUGUCGUUAUCGGGCGCUCGCAGACUGUACUUCCGAGAUUGACACCACGAGUCAGUUGGCUUUUGAGCAACGAUCUCAUCACCAUAGUACCGAACUCACGGUAUGCCGACUGAGGUCGGGAGUAGGUAAUAGUCGCUUGGGUGUGGUGUGAACCUAAGAUGUCGUGAUUGCAGGACUGAAGUGAACAUCUCCGCUUUGCCUUGGAACUGGGUGUCUGCAGUUAAUGCAGGUGGCCAUACGGCGACUAACUGGAAAUUCUGCAAUCGCGGUCUAAGAAAAUCUAAACACAAUAAUAUAUUUCGGCGUGGGAAAGAGGGAUAAUUUUAUUUACAGGGGUUCUGUCCAAAGGGUCCUCAACAUAUGCAAUCCUGUCUGGCUUGGUAAGUCACAAUUCCAAGGCCAUAUGCCCCCACCAGAAGUAAAAGCCAGCCUAUCACUCAGUUUUGAGAAUGUCUACAGUGUGCAAAUGCCUUAACCCACAUGAAAAAUAGGGGACAGUUGACUUUUGGAGAACGUUAACACUACUACUACUACUACUACUACUACUACUACUACUACUACUACUACUACUACUACUACUACUACUACUACUACUACUACUACUACUACUACUACUACCACUACUACUACUGCUACUACUAGUAUUAUUAGUAUUACUACUACUACUACUACCACUACUACUGCUACUACUAUUAUUAUUAGUAUUAUUACUACUACUACUACUACUACUCAAUAAAUCCUAAAAAGUAGACUCACAAUUGCUUCCAUGUCUGCUCUAUGGUAGGUGGGAAUUGCGCCCAGAAGAUGACCGGAUUCUUUGCUGGCCCACGAAGAGACAGAAAGAAAGUCCGACCCCUGAUCAAACCCUCCGUGUCCGCAGGUUUUUUCGCGAAACGGUAGGACGCAUGACAGAAUGUAUUUUGCAGAUCCCGCCUGCCCUCUGCCCCACUUAAACCUCCACUCCUCUUUUUUCUCUUUUGCUUCCAACCAGCAGCCGCACAGAACAAACCAACGGAUCGCCAAAGAAACAGCAAUGCAAACCUAGCGCCAAAUAA